GUUUUUCUUGCAUAAAAGGCUCAUAGUCACACAAAUGUUAUGUAUGCAAUCAAUUGUCCUAAGUCAUCACAUUAUACAUGGCAUGCAACACUGUUUUUCUUCUCUGGCUCUUUAUUUUAAUUGCUAUAGCAGUGGCAUUGAAAAUUAUCUCAUCUCUCAAUAUUCUUGAUGUUAUUUCAUUAAAUCGAAGUAGUUUUCCGGAAGACUUCGUCUUUGGAACAGCAACCUCCGCGUACCAGUAUGAAGGUGCUAUAAAGGAAGGUGGUAGAGGAAUGAGUAUAUGGGAUAAUUUUACUCACAAAUAUCCAGAGAAAAUAUUCGACAGAAGUAAUGGAGAUGUCGCUGUUGACGGAUAUCAUCGAUACAAGGAAGAUGUUGAAAUAAUGAAGUAUAUGAAUUUAGAUGCAUUUAGAUUAUCCAUCUCCUGGACUAGAAUACUACCAAAUGGAAGGAUAAGUGGAGGUAUAAAUCAGGAAGGGAUCACAUACUACAACAACUUCAUCAACGAGCUAAUAGCUAAUGGUAUAGAAGUAUUUGUGACGCUUUUUCAUUGGGACCUACCACAAGCCUUGGAAGAUGAGUAUGGAGGUUUCUUAAGUCCUCGCAUAGUAUCUGAUUUUCGGGAUUAUGCGGAGCUUUGCUUUAAGGAAUUUGGAGAUAGAGUGAAGUAUUGGAUUACCCUGAAUGAGCCACCAACUUACGUCACAGGUGGGUAUGUUAUAGGGACGUUUUCACCUGGUAGAUGUUCUGAUUGGCAAAAUCUCAAUUGCACCGGCGGUGAUUCGGGGACAGAGCCCUAUUUAGUUGGACAUCACCUACUCCUUGCUCAUGCAGCAGCUGUAGAAGUGUACAAAACAAAAUAUCAGGUACCAUUGUUACUUAAAAGCCAAAGCACAGUUCAAAAGGGUUUGAUAGGAAUAGCCAUACAAUCCUACUGGUUCGUGCCGUUUUCAAAUAGCAAAUCUGAUGAAAAAGCUGCCGAACGAGCACUAGACUUCUUACUUGGAUGGUUUAUGGAGCCAUUGACAACAGGAAACUAUCCGCAACAUAUGCGAUCAUUGAUUGGACGGCGAUUGCCGAUGUUUUCUAAAGAGCAAAGCAGGAUACUCAAUGGCUCUUUUGAUUUUAUUGGAUUAAACUACUACACAUCUAGAUAUGCUGCCAAUGCACCUCUAUUAAAUAAUACACUGCCUUGUUAUCUCACUGAUUUUCUUGCCAAUAUAACAACUGAGCGCAACGGGAUACCUAUAGGUCCAAAGGGUGCUUCAGAUUGGUUUUGUAGUUAUCCAAAAGGAUUUAAGAAACUAUUGCUCUACAUGAAGGAAAAGUACAACAACCCUUUGAUUUACGUUACUGAAAAUGGUAUAGAUGAGAAGAAUGAUCCAACACUGUCUUUGGAUGAAGCACUUAAGGAUACUCACAGAAUUAAAUAUUAUUAUGACCAUCUCUCACAUCUUCGGUCAGCAAUUAGGAACGGCGUAAAUGUAAAAGGAUAUUUUGCAUGGUCAUUAUUGGACAAUUUUGAAUGGACUGAAGGCUACACAGUGAGGUUUGGAUCGAUCUUCGUAGAUUACAACAAUAACUUAAAAAGAUAUCGAAAGCAAUCUGCAGAAUGGUUCAAGAAUUUUCUUAGGAGAAUUUAGACUUUCUAGUAUACAUAUAUGAAGUAGUUACAUUACAUUACAUUACAUGAUAAUUGUUCCUUCUCAUUCUCGAAAGAAAUUAAAUGAUUCCAUAUAUUGUGAUUUU